AUGUAUCAAAACUUUCGAGUUGCUCUUGAACUAGCUGACAAACGUUUGGAACGCAGACGAGCUAUAGAAAACAAUCGUCACCGUCGAACAAUAAACGAGAAAUAUCCAACAUCAAUUUUAAACGAGUCUCCAACAACAUCUAUGUCUCAGGUUGAAGAAGAAUCUAUUGAUGACAUAGAGUUAAUACAUGAGCAAUCAAUCGAUGUAGAUGAAAUUAUUGAUUUGAAUACCAAUUUCAAUAUUUCUCAAACUGAAUAUAGUCCAACAGAGCUUGGCACAGAUUUAAGCGCACAUUGUAAUUCGUCAGUUUCAACUGACGAUGAAUUAUUAAUAUUCGAUGAUAUACUUCAAUCAAAUGACAGUAACAAUGUUCAACCUCUCCAUUGUCAUACAAACAUAUCAACAAGCAAAUGUUGUCGGCAAUUAGUAAAAUAUUUUCUUGAUUCUAAUAUUAGUAAUGUUCAUGCUUCUCGCAUUAAUAAAUUGUUCAAUGCUGUCCUUCCACAACCAUAUAAUGCGCCAAAAUCAUUAAAAGCACUAUGA